CCCGCCCCGGCCGCCGCCUCGAAAGGGCCUCGAAAGGGCCGGAGCGCGCCCUCUGGCCGGCUGCGGCGGGAUGGAGGGCCCGGAGCCCUGGAAGCGGCUGUCCGAGGAGGAGCUGGAGGAUCAGUACAGCCCCAGCAGAUGGGUCAUCCGACGGGGAGCCGAAGAGGCCCUGAGGACCUACUCACACAUAGGAGACGAGGCCACCAAAAAGGCCCGGGCCACCAGGAAGAGCCUGCUGCACGUCCCCUAUGGAGAUGGCGAAGGGGAAAAAUUGGACAUCUACUUUCCCGAGGGAGUGUCUGAAGCCUCGCCUUUCUGUCUGUUCUUUCAUGGAGGGUACUGGCAGAGUGGAAGUAAAGACACAUCAGCCUUCAUGGUCAAUCCACUGACAGAGCAGGGGGUGACCGUGGUGGUAGUGGCUUAUGACAUCGCCCCCAAAGGUACCCUGGACCAGAUGGUAGACCAAGUGACUCGGAGCAUCGUGUUUGUCCAGAAGCAGUAUCCGUGCAACGAGGGAAUUUACCUGUGUGGACACUCAGCAGGAGCCCACCUGGCUGCCAUGAUGCUCCUGGCCAACUGGACCAAGCAUGGAGUCACACCCAACCUCAAAGGCUUUUUCCUGGUAAGUGGGAUCUAUGACCUGAAGCCCAUUGUGUACACUUCUCAGAAUGCUCCUCUCCUCAUGACCCUGGAGGAUGCUCAGAGGAACAGCCCACAGCUGCUCCUGGAGGCGGCCCUGACUCGGCCCUUGGAUCCAGCCUGCCAUGUGCUGGUGUCUGUGGGCCAACACGACUCCCCUGAAUUCCACCGACAGUCCAAGGAAUUUUAUCAGACACUGCGCCAAAGAGGGUGGAAUGCCUCGUUUGAAGAAAUCCAUGAUAUGGAUCACUUUGAAAUCAUUUGGAACCUAACCCAGAAGGACUAUAUGCUCACCCAGUGGCCACUCCUUGAAGCAUCACGGGGACAUCAGCGCAUCCCCAGUCCCUCUGCCCGCCCGUCUCUGCAAGUGGUGGGGGAAGCGCUAAGCGCGGGAACUGGACCGAAGGCCACCCUGCGCGCCGCGAGCAGCGGAGCCUCGCGGAGAGGACUACAACUCCCAGCACGCCCCGCGCCGCCCAGCCUUGCAUUCCCAGAAGGCUGCGGGCGACGGGCUCUUGUGGGGCGGUGCGUUCCCGACCUGCCCCGCGGCGGCCGUCAACCCUCGGAUUUGAAUCCGGCCGCGCUCUGCUGUGGCGGCGGCGGGAUGGGCGCUUCGUCGCUGCCCCCCGCCUGGCAGCUCUACCUCAAGGACCACCGCGUCUCUACGUUCAAGAACUGGCCGUUCCUGGAGGGCUGCGCCUGCACCCCGGACCGGAUGGCAGAGGCGGGCUUCAUCCACUGUCCCACCGAGAACGAGCCGGACUUGGCCCAGUGUUUCUUCUGCUUCAAGGAGCUGGAAGGCUGGGAGCCAGAUGAUGACCCUAUAGAGGAGCAUAAAAAACAUUCAUCUGGUUGUGCUUUCCUUUCUGUCAAGAAGCAGUUUGAAGAAUUAACCCUCAGUGAAUUUUUGAAACUGGACAAAGAAAGAGCCAAGAACAAAAUUGCAAAGGAAACCAAAAACAAGCAGAAAGAAUUCGAAGAGACCGCAAAGAAAGUGCGCUGUGCCAUUGAGCAGCUGGCCGCCGCGGAGUAGCUCCUGUGCGGCAUGCUGGUCCCCGAGAGGAACGUGCCAUCACCGGGGUGCACUCCCCAGUGUGACCAGCUCUGCCGGGGACCCCUUCGCUGUGCCUUAGGAAAGGAGAACGGCCACAAUUCAAAAUUAGAAUGUUAAACUAUACUUCUGUUUUUUUCUUGAAAGUGGUGCCAGGGGCGACUUCUCUCUGUGCGCUGGUGCUGCUGAGUACGGUGACCGGUUCUCUCUUUUCUCUUUGGUAGUUUUUGUACCACGGUUCCCGGCCGUCCCGGGGUGAGAAGGUUACAAGUGUGCUCUCAUGGGCAGAGCCGUUCCACAGUGAAGCAUCUGGGCUUCAGCUUGACGGCUGGCUCUAAAGCCUGAGAUUUGAUGCCUGAACAUAAUCCUAGGCCUGUUGUGACUGGACAAAUAGGGAAUUAAGGAUUCUGCUUUAGAUUUUAUUUGUCUGAUAAUCUGAAUUUAGAGUGUGUGUUUCUUGUCUUCCCACUACUCUGUAUUCUCUCACUUGAAUAUCUACAAGUCCUGUGGCCGUGCUUUUACCUUGUUGGGUCUGCGGUUCUGCAGCAGCCUCCCUUCCCUCCAGAGCAGAUCGUACAAGAUGCCAUCCCUGCCAAAGCUCUGAGGUGCUGUGUGUGGGAAGGGGCUUCCUCGCCUGUCUUCACAGGGGUAGCCAGCGGAAUCCAACCCCAGACUGCUUCCAUCUCCAUGUGUGCCAGAGCCCUUUUAGGACUGAAGCCCGAACGGCAAGGGUGGGGUGGAGGGGGCCUGUUGUCUUAAUAGUAGAGCCUCUUGCUCGAAGGUCACUUGAAGAUAUGUUCCCUCCAGUGGGCACCACAGACACAUGGCAACAGAUGAGGACAAACUCCUUAAUGCCAGAUAGUGUGUCUUCCAGAGGCCUGGCUCCCUGCUCUGAAUGAGCUGUGGCACAGAUGGGGCAGGCAGGGGUGGGAUGAGACCCACGGAAGGCGUUCUGGUCUUACUGUUCCCGCCACUCUGCAGACCGCUACUUGCCUUCAUGACGUGGGUUCGGUGGCUGAUGAGGCACCUGUCUUUCUAACGUGAGCCCCCACCCCCAAAGGAGGAUAGAGGGACCAAUUAAUCUAAAAAGUGGAUCAUAAAUCUCUUUUGGAGGAAACUUUUUUAUAGAUAACUUGUUUAUAUUGUUUGCAGUUUUACAGGAUCAUAGUCCACGAUGUCAGAGUUAGAGCAGUGGUAACAAACGUGGCAGCUGGGGCCCGCAGUAGGUGCCUCCGAGCUGUGGCCUCCUCGUCUACACUUCCUCAGCUGGCAUUCUUUGUAGGCGUGUGAUGUGUGUGAGGGGGCCCUUGAGACCGAGUCCUCAGCUUCUCCCAAGCCUCUGCAAUGUCGCUUUCUUUGUUUAUUACUUCACAGAACGGCACAAACUACAAUUAAAGUGAACACAAAGCCAUUCUAAGUCAUAGGGAAAAUCCGUGUGAGCCUUAGGUGGGUUGGAGCCAAGGCUGCAGGAAACAGGUAGCAGAAACUGUCAUUUGUGAACUGGCUGCAGCUAGGCAGCCCUCGUGAGCUGGUGGGCACACACUGGGGGUCCCCUCCCUGACAACGAUGCAGUGGCCCGAGUCCUUUUUAAAUAACGUAGAGCUCUGGGGACUUGGUGGGCUGCUGCGGGUGACCUGCCAGCCCCGGUUGGCUGUGUCUCCAUUGCUGCUGCGCCCUCCUGCACGUCCAUGUCCCGUUCUCCCCAUCCCCUUCCCGUCCCCUCCCCGAGGUUGGCUCACACAGGGCUGCUGAAGCCUGGCGCUGUUGCAGUGAUAGAUUUUAUUUCUCCCUCUACGAGGAGAAGCUGCAGGGUGCUCAGGAUUGUUAGGUCCUAUCGGAGGUCAUCUUGUCAUUUCUGAAAAAUAAAAACCAUUUCAUUUCAAA